UACAGUGGAAAGUUUGCAUCUAAGCUCUGUACUGCUUUGAUUAGCAAUAGAUUGGCGUUCAUCUACCGGAUAUGCUGGCGGGGUGUACAUCUUACCUGAUAGCUACUCUUAUGAUUCUUCUCCCAAAGAUUUCUGUUCUGUUCAUCAUCUUCCAACAGUAAUUAUAGAGCAGUUAACAUUCGCCACUGUUUGGAGUCCCAUAGAAUCACACGUCUUUGGGAGGAGGGGUGUUUCACCAAGGAUGUUAACAUCUUUUGUGCUGUCAUAAGGGUUUCGAACGAAAUAAAGGUCUCACAUUUCACGUGGCCUCUGGGAGACAGAAGCACGGGCCCCUCAGACCCUUACACAUCCUCCAAGGACCAAUGAAUCACACGGAAACAGCAGAGGAGCCUAAGCUCCCACCUUCAGAUGGGUCUAUGCAUGCAGGGACACAAGAGGUCCAUACUGACAUGAAAAAGAAGCCUGAAGAGACCCAGAAUCAGGUGCCAGGAUUUGAUAUGAUCUACAGAAUCGAGGAUGUCCCACCUUGGUAUCUAUGUGUGCUGCUGGGACUGCAGCACUACCUGACAUGCUUUAGUGGAACUAUUGCUGUGCCAUUCCUAUUGGCUGAUGCUAUGUGCGUGGGACGGGAUCAGUACACUGUCAGCCAAUUAGUGGGCACCAUCUUCACUUGUGUGGGCAUCACUACUCUCAUACAGACCACGUUUGGUGUCAGGUUGCCUCUGUUCCAGGCGAGUGCCUUUGCCUUUCUCGUCCCUGCUGAGGCAAUUCUGAGGCUUGACAGAUGGAAGUGUCCUUCUGAAGAGGAGAUUUACGGUGAUUGGAGUCUUCCUCUGAACACUUCGCAUGUUUGGCAUCCACGAAUAAGAGAGAUUCAGGGUGCUAUCAUUGUAUCUAGCCUGAUUGAGGUGGUCAUAGGGCUGACUGGAAUCCCUGGGAUCCUGCUCAACUUAAUUGGGCCCCUGACUGUCACCCCCACCGUGUCCCUUAUCGGAUUGUCUAUCUUCCAGACAGCUGGAGACCAUGCAGGCAGCCACUGGGGCCUCUCUCUGCUAUGCAUCUUCCUCAUUGUUUUGUUUGCUCAGCAUCUGAGGAACUGGGCCUGUCCUUUCCCAGUCAACACCAGACAGAAAGGCUGUCACAUCACACGUGUGCACAUCUUCAAGAUGUUUCCGAUCAUCAUGGCAAUCAUGGUGGUAUGGCUGGUUUGCUAUAUUCUCACCCUGACCGACGUGCUGCCAGAUGAUCCAAAUCGAUAUGGCUAUAAGGCUCGCACUGACUCCCAUGGCGAUAUUAUGACCCAGGCACCAUGGUUUAGAUUCCCCUAUCCAUGUCAGUGGGGACUGCCCACAGUGACGGUAGCAGGAGUGCUAGGCAUGUUCAGUGCCACGCUAGCUGGUAUUGUUGAGUCUAUUGGAGAUUAUUACGCCUGCGCUCGCCUCUCUGGGGCUCCACCUCCACCUGUACAUGCUAUCAAUAGAGGGAUCUUUACAGAAGGUGUGUGCUGUAUCAUAGCAGGGUUGCUGGGCACAGGAAAUGGCUCAACGUCUUCCAGUCCUAACAUAGGGGUGCUUGGCAUCACAAAGGUAGGAAGUAGGAGGGUGAUACAGUAUGGGGCAGGAAUAAUGUUUUUGUUGGGAACCAUUGGGAAGUUUACUGCUCUCUUUGCCUCCUUGCCUGAUCCUGUCCUUGGAGGGAUGUUCUGCACCUUGUUUGGCAUGAUCACAGCUGUUGGGUUAUCAAACCUACAGAAUGUAGACCUAAACUCCUCCAGAAAUCUUUUUGUGCUGGGUUUCUCCAUGUUUUCUGGCCUCAUGUUGCCUAAUUACCUGGACACUCAUCCAGGCAGCAUCAAAACAGGUGUGGUUGAGCUAGAUCAAAUCGUCACAGUGCUCCUGACAACAGAGAUGUUUGUAGGGGGAUUCAUAGCGUUUGUACUGGAUAACACAAUCCCAGGCUCCAGAAAAGAGCGAGGUUUGAUUGAAUGGGCAGAUGAGAGUUCUUCUGGAGCAGAUACAGUGACAUCAGAAACAUAUGACUUUCCAGUGGGGAUGGGACUGGUUCGGAAGGUGGGCUGGCUGCGUUACUUGCCCAUCUGUCCCACUUUCCAAGGCUUUAGGUCAUCACGGCCCAAGUAUAAGGAGGAGGAGGAUGAUUUGAUAAUGAAGGUUGUGAUGGAUGCUCCAGUUGAAAUGGCCUGCACUAAAGUGUAG